AAUCAGACAUCAGCACAACGGCCCGAGGGGGGUUCUAUUGCCCAGUGACCCCUAUUCCACUUAUUGUGCAUGGAGAUUUACGUUAAAACGAGCAAAAUAUUUCUAUAGAUAUCUGCACCGUUCAGUUUGGAUAAACGAUACAUUUUUACGGCUACAGUUUUUAAUUUAUUUUUGGAGAGGGUGACCCUCUCUUUUUUUUUUUGAUAUAUGAAAGAUCCAGAAGUGGCACGAAGAAUAAAUCCCAAACCUGUUGCUGUCAUUAGAUCUCCUUAAUGAAGGGUACGGAUCAGUCUUAAAAGGGCUUUCUAAACUGACAGCUAUUGGAGCAGCUGCUAUCCGUAUAUCCCCGGACAGCUGCCUCGGAAACGCCUGGAACAAAGCUUGCAUGGAGCAGGAGAGAAUGGGGGCCCUCUCCCCGCUGCACACCUUCCCCAUAAUCACCAUUGGAGGGCAGAGGAUGAGUCGAUGAGGAGGUGAAAGCAGAGGGCGAUUGUGAUAGAUUGGAAUGGGUAAACGCCAUCUUCCAACAUGUUUAGACAGUGUCCUUUUCAAGACGGUCCUUCUGCUUAUCUUCUGCGAGCAAGUGAAUGCCCAGUGUAAGAUCAUCAAAUGCAAUUCAGAAUAUGUGUCUGCUACAUUAAACUUGAGGGGUUCCGGCAGAAAUGCAGAGAUUCAGAAGUGCAAUGCCCUGCGCUCCUAUUCCCAAUGUACCCGCAAAACUGCCCGCACCUGCCGCGGAGACCUGAUCUACCACUCUGCAGUGCACAUCAUUGAAGAUCUCAUGAUUCAGCACAACUGUUCCAAAGAGGGGCCUACAGCAUCACCCAGGCCCCAACCUCCCCAGCCUCGCCCCGAAGGCCCCAGGAAACAGGAGGCCUGUGAUUAUGAGAGAACUUUCCGCGAGAAGCAUGGCAAGAUUCCAAAGUAUCUCCACUGUGGGGUGUUUGGGGACCCUCAUGUACGCACUUUUAGUGGUGACUUUCAGACGUGUCGAGUGAACGGGUCAUGGCCUCUGUUGGAUAAUGAAUACCUGUUUGUCCAAGCAACCAGCUCACCACUCUCCACUAUGUCCAAUGCCACAGUUACUACUAAGAUCACCAUCAUCUUCAAAAACAUGAAGCAGUGCAUAGAUCAGAAGGUUUACCAAGCUGAAGUGGACAACUUACCAGCAGCCUUCGAUGAUGGCUCAGUCAAUGGAGGUAGACGAGCGGGUGGAAGUAACCUUAAGAUUUACGACAGGGAGCCCGGGAGCUUAAUAGAGAUCGAGGCCCCUUAUAUUGGAACCACCAUACGAGUUCGCCAGUUGGCCAAGCAGCUUUCAUUCUCCCUGCGCAUGCCUGAGGACAUCUCAUUGGCUUUCCAAGAGGAACAGGACUUGCAGCUAUGCAUGGGAGGAUGCCCAGCUAGCCAAUUCAUAUCUAGGACUAAGGAUGUUGGUAGGACAAGCUCUAUCAGCACCGACAAGGCCAAAUCUAUGUGUAGAGCGAAACUCCCAGUUGAGGAUGCUUAUUUCCAGUCUUGUGUGUUUGAUGUGGCCAUAUCUGGAGAUGCCAACAUGACAAAUGCAGCCUACUAUGCCUUGGAGGAUGCCAAAGACUUUCUCCCUGAACCAGGAAUGUUACAUAUAUUCAGCACAGGAGCAGCAAAUGGUCGGCAUAUACCUGUUGCCUUAAUACUUCUGCUGUGCCUGGCUAACACCGUGCAGAACCUGUAGCUAUUUGGGCGUUGCAUGUUGCAAACAAAGGCCUGGACACAAAUGUGAAGAUGGUGGACCCAAUGUUUGGCAGAAGCUAGAUCAUUGAAACUGAUAGGAUUGCCGUCAGUUCUGGUGCAAUUCCUUUAGGCACAGCUAUUGUACAUCUCAGGGCCUAUUGUACAUAUCACGCCUCUGCCAGAAAGACUCUAAAUCCCAAACUAUUUAUCAUAAAAACCCUUUUGGAUGUUCUUCUGGAUGUUCUAUGUCACCACUGAUCCAAAUCACAAUGGCCAAUGUCAUUACGGAACUUUAUCACACAAACACCUAUAUAUAUAUAAAUAUUAGGUCUUCAAGUAGGGGGGAUAAAGGGCACAGACUAUAUGCCCUUUCACAAAAAAAACUAUUUCAAAAUGCACCUUCCUAAAUCUGAAAGUAUAUAUAUAUAUAUUUAUAUUUUAUAUUUAGAAUGUUUGUUGGCUUAGCAGGAAAAUAUAGCUUAAUAGGGCAGUUUAUUUUCCACCAUGUUCUUGUAAAAUGAUGGUUUUGCCCAAGCAGCCAUUAUCUCUCACUGGUUUGCAAACAUCUUUAUCACCUCCCACAGCCCUCCCAUUGUUCUAUAAAGCCCUAAUAAGGAGCCAGAAGGGGUGUGGCCUGACAUCAUUGAAGGAGUGGUCAGGCAAACAGGGCUGUAAAUGGAAUUCUUCCUAUCGGGCACAACUAUAGGGCGAUGACUUGUAGCAUGUACAAACCAGUCCCAUAUAACUAAGGCACAAUACACUUCAAUAGUCAUUUAUGGAACUGCACAUCAACAUUUCAGAUCCUUGUUGCUGUCUUUUUAGAUUGAGUAAAGCAAAUGAAACCCUAAAAAACAACUUACCGUAUAGUUGCUCUUCUGAGCACUUUUGCAAUUUACAUUUAAUAUUUUCUAGUUUACGAGAUAGUGGCACUUUUCAUACUACUAAUAUGAUGCUGUGCGCCACCUGUUGGUAAUGUAGACCAACUGAAACAUGAAGUUAGUGAAAAAUGGAAAGCCUUGUGAUGUUGUUCUGCUCAGAAAAUUCAGUAAGUGAGCACAGAAGAGUCAUCUGAUGUUUCUCUGGUUGGUUCUAAGGGUAGCGACAAUGCAAAACUUUUCCUUUUUUCACUUCAUUUUACACCGACUGUGUCCAGUCAUUGAAAAUUAACAGCAGGUGGUUUUUUAUAUAUAAUAUAUCAUAUAGCAGUGUUAAAACUAAUAAUACGUUGAACACUAGAAGAGAGUUUAUUAAUACAAAUUGCAAAAAUGCUCAGAGGAGCACACAGAGUGAGUUUACAUUACAUAGUAAUAUGUUAACAUAUAUACAUAUUUUAGGUUGAAAAAAGACCAUCCAUGGAGUUCAACCUGCCUGCACUUAUCUGAGUUCAAAAAUCUAAAAUGAGAAUGAACCAUUAAAUCCCACAUUUCCAAUCCGGCCCUAUUGUGGUCCAGUAAGGCUGCACUGGUCUCUCACCACCAGGUGGCGACAGUUCAUAGCAUAAACCUUAUGAAACCUGAGCGACAAGACGGUUGUAGCAGAUUUAUUAGCGUGUAUUAUUAGCGCAAGGCAUUUCAAUAGCAUUAAAAGUACAGAGAAUAUCUGUGCAAAUGGUACGAUCCAGCAGCACUGGGGUUAAACCACUGUAGAUAAGUAUCGGUUGCCUGGACAGAAAUAUUUAAUAUAUUGAGGUUGAAUGUUUUAUUAAAAAUGGGUUCUAUUUUUUUGUGAGAUUUGUUUUUAUAUGUUAAAUUAAUAGGGGGGACAGUGUGGGGUAAGUUGGAGCGCUGUAUUUGUGGUUCUCUUUUCCUUCUCUAAUGUAGAACUGACUGUCAGGCCUGACCGUGAUUGUCCAGCAGGUGGUGCUGUUGUUUCUAUUUCAUUAUAUUAGCAGUAUAAAAACUACUAAUAUCUUAAAAACCAGGGAAAUAAAUGAAUGCUCAUAAGCACAUUACAGAAGAGCAUAUAGUUGAGUUUAAUACUGAUUAAUAUUCUCAUUAUCCUCCGCUGUGCAAAGGGUGCUGUUACAGUGAGAAAUGAGUUGGCCAAGACACCUUUCUUUUCCUUUAGUCACUUUUCACUCAAAGGACAUAGAAGAGGCUCAAUAAAUGGCCAAAUGGUCAAAUGUGGCCAUUUAUGUGGUACGCCAGAGCAUAAAAGAUGUGAAUAAAGUCAGUUUGUCCCCUGUCA